UUUUUUUUCGUUUCUUCCAGUGGGAGUGUGAAGAUCGUUUUUUGGAGGAAGGAAAAUUUCUCUUUGAAACUUGAGGACAUGCGGCGGCGUCCUCGGCGAACUUUCACCAAGGACGAGAAUGAAGUGACUCGCAUUGAGCCCACAUCGAGGAAAGAUGCGGGCGGCGGCCGCCACAACGCUGCUCCUGCUGCUUUGUGUCGUCCGCCUGGACCGCGGCUCCUGCGAUCAUCAGGAGCAGCGGCGCAAUGACGGGAACGUCGGGAAGGAUGUCACUGGCAACGUCGACAAUAACGACGUCGGGAACGUCUGGAACGACACUACGGCGGCGAAGGGCGGCAGGAAGCAGCCGCACAUCAUCUUCAUCCUCAUCGAUGAUCAAGGGUUCAACGACAUCGGCUACCACAACCCCAGCAUCAAGACACCCACGUUGGACAAGUUGGCGGCCGAGGGCGUCAAGCUGGAGAACUACUACGUCCAGCCCAUUUGCACGCCGUCGCGCAGCCAGCUCCUCACCGGCAGGUACCAGAUCCACACGGGACUCCAGCACUCCAUCAUCCGGCCCAGCCAGCCCAGCUGCCUCCCACGCCACAUGGACACGCUGCCCCAGAGGCUGCGCCAGGCCGGCUAUGCCACGCACAUGGUGGGCAAGUGGCACCUGGGAUUCUACACGAAGGCGUGCCUGCCCACCAGGAAAGGCUUCGACUCCUUCUUUGGCUCCUUAACAGGAAGCGUGGACUACUACAGUUACGGUUCGUGCGACGGUCCUGGCGUGUGCGGCUACGACCUCCACGCCAACGAGAGCGUGGCCUGGGGUCACGAGGGCAAAUACUCCACCACGCUCUUCACGCAGCGAGCUCGCAAGAUCCUCCAGAGUCACGAUCCUGCUGGCCGACCCAUCUUCCUCCUCCUUUCGCUGCAGGCGGUGCACACACCGCUGCAGCCCCCCAAAUCGUACAUCUACCCAUACCGCGACAUGGCCGACGUGGCGCGGAGGAAGUUCGCCGCCAUGGUUUCCACAGUGGACGAGGCAGUACGCAACGUCACCUACGCGCUGCGUAAGGCGGGCUUCUACCGCGACAGCGUCAUUGUGUACUCCACCGACAACGGCGCGCAACCCUUCACUGGGGGCAGCAACUGGCCGCUCAGAGGACGAAAGGGUACGUACUGGGAGGGCGGCGUGCGUGGCGUGGCGUUCGUGCACAGCCCGUUGCUGCGGCGCAGGAGGCGCGUGUCCAAAGCACUCGUCCACAUCACCGACUGGUUCCCCACCCUGCUCGCGCUCGCCGGAGGAAAUGUCAGCCAGAGCCAAGGUCUGGACGGCUUCGACGUCUGGGCGGCCAUCAGUGAAGGCAAAGAGUCUCCUCGGCACGAGAUUCUGCACAACAUCGACCCCCUGCACAAGGCACCCGUGCCCACCCGCAACUGGGACGCACACACAGGAGACUCUCUUUUAAAGAAGCCAAAGAAGAAGAAGAAGAAGAAGAAGCAGAAAAAGAAGCUUCUGAAGCAACUACCCAAGCAAAAGUCUGUGUUCAAGUUGUCCAAAGACACAAACAAGUUGUAUCCCGAGCUCAAAGCUCGUCCGAAGGCCGGGCCGGGCCGCCUCGACCCGUCCGUCGCUCGCAUGUCUCUCCCUCAAGCGAAAGCAUCCAAGUCCAAAGCCAGAAGGACUGCGUCCCCGGAGCACAACCUGUCCUGGACCCAGACCAAAAUCCAGUUGCGCCUCAAGUCCAAGAGAUCUCUUUUCUCGUCUACGCUUCAGAAUGCAUCCCGGCCCGACUCAGCCAACAAGCUCCUCCACCAGGGGGUCAAGCUGCUCGUGUGGGACACGUCGGUCCAGGCGGCCAUUCGGGUCGGAGACUGGAAGCUGCUCACUGGAGACCCCGGCCACGGAGAGUGGGUGCCCCCGCAGAUCCUGCCGACACUUGCGGGCCGCUGGUGGAACUUGGAGCGAGCGUUCCCGUCGCUCCAGAGCCGAAAAGGCGGCGAGGCGCCCAAAAGUGUUUGGCUGUUCAACAUCAGCGCUGACCCGUACGAGCGCUGCGACCUUUCUGGCCAGCGCCCCGACGUGGUGCGUCGCCUUCUGGCCCGCCUCGCCCACUACAACCGCACCGCCGUACCUGUGCACUUCCCGCCCGACGACCCGCGCGCCCAUCCUGACCGGCACGGCGGCGCCUGGGUGCCCUGGAUCGACCAGGACCAAGAGAAAGAUCAGAACCAGGACCAAGGUGAGAUGCAUCACAAGAAGGUCCAGCAGAAGAACAAGAAUAAUAAUAAAAAGAAGAACAAAUGUCGACUGUGCAAGCUCAAAGCAUUUUUCCUCAAACUCAACACUGGGAUCAUGUCAAGUCGCAUUUGAGCUGCAAUUAUUACAUUAUUAAUAAUAAUCGGGUCUGCUCCACAAGAGGAUGACAAGUUGAGCCAGUUUUUUUUGCUUGUUUGUUUUACAUACACAUUAUUGCCUCUAUGUCUACGAUGUCCUUUUGAUUUUAGCGUUUACAUCUGACAUUAAUUUUACUGUCCAUUCAACUUUUUGUUCUGCCCUUCAAAUUUCUACUUCCAUCCAUCCAUUUUCUGAGCCGCUUCUCCUCACUAGGGUCGCGGGCGUGCUGGAGCCUAUCCCAGCUGUCAUCGGGCAGGAGGCGGGGUACACCCUGAACUGGUUGCCAGCCAAUCGCAGGGCACAUAGGAACAAACAACCAUUCGCACUCACAGUCAUGCCUACGGGCAAUUUAGAGUCUCCAAUUCAUGCAUGUUUUUGGGAUGUGGGAGGAAACCGGAGUACCCGGAGAAAACCCACGCAGGCACGGGGAGAACAUGCAAACUCCACACAGGCGGGGCCAGGGAUUGAACCCGGGUCCUCAGAACUGUGAGGCUGACGCUCUAACCAGUCGGCCACCGUGCCGCCAAUUUCUACUUUAGUACCAUAAAAUAUUAACUUUUUUUUUUUUUUUUUGCAAAUGUUGACGGUUCGUGGAAGAUGACAACUUUUUCUCUUAAAAAUUAAACUUCUGGAAACGAUUUUUUUCCCCCUUCCAUCAUUAUUUUUGGGCUAAAUUUUUUUAUUAGUAUGCCACUUUUUUUGUUAAAUAUUGCCCCCCCCCCCCCAUAAAAAAGAUUUUCAUGAAAAUUUUGACAAAAAAUAUUACUUUGUAUCUGGGAAAGAAAAUCCUAGUUUCUUGCGACCUAUUAGAAUAUUGUAGAAAAUUAUUUUUUUAGAUGUUUCUCUCAGAAAAACUUUAGCUGAAAACAUUUGUGAGGAAAAAAAAUCUUGAAAGAAUAAGUAUUUUUUUCCCUGAAAAUUACGCUCAUGAAAAUUGACUUUAUGAAAUUACUUUUUUUCCACAAACAUUUCAUUUUUAAAAAUGCAACUUUGCACUUGAUUUUGAACUACUUUUUUUUUUAAACGUUUUUGUUACUUUUAUGUUUUAAGAUGUCUGCCUCACAGUUCUGAGGACCCGGAUUCAAAUUUGGUCUCACCUGUGUGGAGUUUGCAUGUUCUCCCCGGGCACUCCGGUUUCCUCCCACAUCCCAAAAACAUGCGUGGUAGGUUAAUUGAAGACUCUCAAUUGCCCGUAGGUGUGAAUGUGAGUGGGAAUGGCUGUUUGUUUCUAUGUGCCCCACCGAUUGGCUGGCGACCACUUCAGGGUGUAUCUCGCCCGAAGACAGCUGGGAUAGGCUCCAGCACGCCGGCGACCCUAUUGAGGAUAGGCGGUACUGAAAAUGUAUGGAUGGAUAUUUUAAGAUUAGGACCUGAAUGCUGAUUGAUUAAAAUGGUGAACGCUUAAAUGAGCCUUAACACUUUUUAUAUUGGAUAUAUUACAUUCCCACUAUAAGUAGAAAAGUCCACUGCUGUUUUAUAUAUUUGCAACAUGAACCUCGUGAAUGUGGAGGGUUUUAUUACACUUUAAUGUAAUUAUUUUAAUUCAGUAUUAUGUUCUUUGUGAGCAACAAACGUGUUUUAUUGCCAUCCACAAACAUGGCAUUUUUAAAUAAGCAUCUUUAUCCACAAAUAUUUGUCUGGAAAUCAUGAAUCCUGCAUCUAAAUAUUGAUAUUUAUAACACAGUCAUCAGAUGAUGUCAAUGUAAAAUUUCUAUUAAAAAAAAUUCCCCCCCCCCUCA